GAUAAACCCCUCGAAUGAAUCAUAAACCACCGCCAACGCCAAACUAACCAUCCAUCUCCAAAAAUGUCAGCAGCUACAGGUACAGUAAGCAAGCUCUUCUCCUCCUCCUCCUUCCCAUUUUCAUUUCCAUUUCCUCUCUCUCCCAAAAAAACUUCCCUUUCCCUCCUCUCCUCACAUAAUCCUCCCAUUUCCUUCCUCUCUUCUCUCUCUUUCCCCAAAUUAACCCCUCUCAAAUCCUCCGCCAACACCACUCAACAUUUCGAAGAAGAAGAAGUCGAAGAAGAAGAAGAAUAUAUCGUUAGUGAAACAGAAAUCGAUGAAUAUGAAAGUGAAAUUGAUAUCGAAGACCUCGAGAAAGAAGCUAAAUUGGCCGUUAAAGAGUUAUCUACCUCCUUGUCUCGCCAAUUAACAAUCGAAGAUGACACUGAUGAGAAAAGGGAAAGUAGGAAGCAGAAGCGAAAAAAAGCUACUUCUAAAGAUAUCCCUGACCAUCUUCUUCCAAAAGUUGCAAUUGUUGGACGGCCAAAUGUUGGUAAAUCAGCGCUGUUCAACCGUCUUGUUGGGGGGAAUAGGGCAAUUGUGGUGGAUGAACCUGGGGUUACUCGGGACCGUUUGUAUGGUAGAUCUUUUUGGGGAGAACAUGAAUUUAUGGUGGUGGAUACUGGAGGUGUUGUCACAGUAUCAAAGUCACAAGCUAAUGUUAUAGAAGAUUUGGCUAUCUCAACAACCAUUGGCAUGGAUGGGAUUCCACUUGCCUCGAGAGAGGCAGCAGUUGCUAGAAUGCCUUCUAUGAUUGAGAAACAAGCUACUGCAGCUGUGGAAGAAUCAUCUGUCAUUAUAUUCCUUGUUGAUGGCCAGGCAGGUCUAACGGCAGCUGAUGUGGAGAUAGCAGACUGGUUGCGCAGGAAUUACUCAAACAAGUGUAUCAUCCUGGCAGUGAACAAGUGUGAAUCUCCACGUAAAGGAAUCAUGCAAGCAUCAGAAUUUUGGUCAUUAGGGUUCUCGCCGCUUCCUAUUUCUGCGAUAUCAGGGACUGGAACUGGAGAACUUCUUGAUCUUGUGUGUUCCAGACUGGGAAAAGUUGAGGGUCCAGAAAAUCUCAAUGAAGAAGAAACUUAUAUUCCUGCCAUUGCAAUUGUUGGUCGGCCAAAUGUUGGUAAAAGUAGCAUUUUGAAUGCAUUGGUUGGAGAGGAUAGAACAAUUGUUAGUCCUAUCAGUGGCACUACUCGUGAUGCUAUUGAUACUGAAUUUGUAGGACCAGAUGGCCAGAAGUUUCUGCUUAUUGAUACGGCUGGCAUCAGAAGGAGGGCAGCAGUAGCUUCAUCAGGUAGUGUGACAGAGGCUUUAUCAGUGAAUCGAGCAUUUCGUGGCAUUCGCCGUUCCGAUGUCGUUGCUCUUGUCAUUGAGGCCAUGGCUUGUAUCACGGAACAGGAUUACAGGAUUGCUGAAAGGAUAGAGAAAGAAGGAAAGGGUUGCCUGAUUGUUGUGAACAAAUGGGAUACAAUACCCAAUAAAAACCAGCAGACUGCAACAUACUAUGAACAAGAUGUUAGGGAGAAGCUUCGUCUUCUUCAUUGGGCUCCUAUCGUUUACUCAACUGCAAUUGCUGGUCAUAAUGUUGAGAAGAUCAUUGUUGCUGCAAGUACAGUUGAAAAGGAAAGAUCAAGAAGGCUAGGUACUUCUAUACUGAAUCAAGUGGUCCGAGAAGCAUUGGCUUUUAAACCCCCACCAAGGACGCGUGGCGGCAAGAGAGGGCGUGUUUAUUAUUGCACUCAGGCUGCUAUCAGACCACCCACAUUUGUUUUCUUUGUAAAUGAUUCAAACCUUUUUCCUGAGACAUACCGACGCUAUAUGGAGAAGCAACUGCGUUCAGAUGCUGGGUUUUCUGGUACACCAAUUCGACUACUUUGGCGUAGCAGAAGAAAAAUGGAAAAAGAUGAAGUCAAGGGUGCAACAAGACCACAAUUUAAUCUUACACCAGGCAGCGGAAAAUUGGCAGUAGCUACAUGAAGAUAUAAAGUCCUCGGGAUCUUGAUCAUGGUUGGGAUUUCACUAGUGACGAAUGAAAACUGCUAUCAUGAUAAGUUCAUGCUAACCGCCAAAUCUUCCAAUGGCAUGGAGCUUCUGGCUGUCACAUGUUCAAGGAGAACGCCAAGGUACUUGUAUCAUUCUGUUGUAUAUUAUUUUGUCUUGUUGUCUUGCUCCACUUGGGACUUGUUACAAGCUUUCCAACCACACAUGUGCCAUAAAUUAUGUUGGUGUCCCAGACUGCUUCUGAUUGCAAUGGAAGAUUAAUGUUGAUGCUUUUGGUAGUUAGUAAUUCCGUCAAGAUGUUCGUUGGUUUUACCCUUACCUUUACGACGCUUCCAGCGAUUUGAUGGAUGAACACUUCGGUUAGCUUUUUAUACAUUGUUUGUCAGGAGGGAUUUCAUGUCCCAAAAGGAUGGAGACCCGAUUUGGGGAAUUGGCUCGCUUUGUUUGAUCUUUUCAAUCCUUAUUCGAUUGUAAUUUUCAAUGAAUUCAAGUAUGAUGGAUUGACUCCUUUUUUACUUUCUUAUUAGUCAAAUAACUAAACAGAUGGAUAUUCAUCCUUUUCUUUUCUUAUCCAA